CUCGAACCGACUUCAGCCACGGGCCGCCCGACGACGAGCUUCUAAAAAGUAAAUCCUGCAGCUUUCCUCGACUCGAGGAUUGGUAUCGCUCGAGUCAUCCAAACCCCAUCUCCAUCUCAUCUCUCCACCGCCAUCACCAUCGCUCGCUGUCCAUCGCUCGAUCGCCGCUUCGCGCUGCUAUCCUCCCUCCUCUUGCUUCGCAUUGAUUGGAGAAGCCGUCGAUGAUUCCCUGGAGCGGGUUGGGCUGCUGCGCCAGUGCGGCGGCGCUCUGGCUCCUGGGCAGGAGCAGCGGAAGGGACGCCGAUGCGCUCAGAUCGGUUACCAGAGUUAAUCAGUUGAAGGAUUUGGCCAUUCUUCUAGAUACUGCUUGCAAGGUAGUUCCUCUUGUUAUUACUGUAACUGGACGAGUGGGUGCAGAAACACCAAUAAACUGUGAACAAAGUGGUCUGAGAGGUGUCAUAGUUGAGGAAACGGCAGAACAACAUUUCUUAAAACACAAUGAUGCCGGAUCCUGGAUACAAGAUUCUGCUAUGAUGCUUUCAUUGAGCAAAGAGGUUCCUUGGUUCUUGGACGAUGGAACUGGGCGUGUAUAUGUUGUUGGAGCUCGAGGUGCUACAGGAUUGGUGUUAACUGUUGCAAGUGAAGUUUUUGAGGAAUCAGGGAGGUCCUUGGUGCGUGGGACACUGGAUUAUUUGCAGGGUCUUAAGAUGCUUGGAGUCAAGCGAACUGAAAGAAUUCUUCCAACUGGAACUGCAUUAACUAUUGUUGGUGAGGCAGCUAAAGAUGAUGUUGGAAAAAUAAGGAUACAAAGACCAGAAAAAGGUCCAUUUUACAUCUCCCCUAAGAAUAUUGAUCAGUUAAUUGCAAAUCUUGGAAAAUGGGCUAGAUGGUAUAAAAUUGCUUCUACUGGAUUCACAGUCGUUGGCAUAUUUCUGCUGGCAAAGCAUGCACUUCAGCAUGUUUUGGAGAAAAGGCGACGCUGGGAAUUGCAGAAGAGGGUUCUUGCUGCAGCUGCAGCACAACAGGCACGCAAGUCUGAAGGCAUGAAUCAAGAGUCUGAAAAGGAGCCAGAUAAUGCAAAGAAGGAAAAUCUGGCAUUAGACAUAUGUGUGAUCUGCCUUGAGCAAGAAUACAAUGCUGUUUUUGUCCCGUGCGGUCACAUGUGCUGCUGCACCACAUGCUCUGUGCACUUAAUGAGUUGCCCACUUUGUCGUAAACGAAUCGAUCAAGUCGUCAAGACCUUUCGUCAUUGAUCCACGACAUGAAAGUUCAGCAAGAGUGCCAUUCUUGAAAGAGAUUCUCAAAUGCCAGUUCCGACUUCAGUAUGCUUUUCAUGGCUUUAUGCUCCUAAUUCAACCACAGGUAGCAUUCACAGGAAAUCGCACAUUUUUAGUUAAGUGGUGGUUGAAAUUUGAUGGACUCACCAAAUUUGCUUGCAACGUGUGUAGAUAUGUUGUUCCUCCUUAGGUUAAGUGAUGGUCUAACAAAUGAACUUAUUUGUUUUUGCAUUUCUUAAUAUUUCGGUUACUCGAAGGCAAAGAUAAUAUAUACUUAAUUUGGAUGUUAUUAAUGAUAUGAUCGGAAUAAUUACUGACCA